AUGCAAGAUAAUUUAAUACCGCAUGUGACAGUUUCCAAAGGUCAUAAAUUACCUGAAUAUGACGUUAGAAGGUACACAAGGUCAAUUCUUGAAGGGAUUCACAAGUGUGACUAUGAUCACUGUGAUUUGAAACCGGACAACAUUCUGCUUGUGCGUACCACCACUACUAGUUCGGGUGGUACUAGUUUUGUAGCCAAGAUUGCAGAUUUCGGAUUGGCUAAGAAACCCAAGGAGAAUUACAGCCGAUGGAGAAACACGCCUAGGUAUCUGUCCCCACAGGCUUUUAUUUGGUCUCUUAGUUGUAUUGUGUUUGAGAUGCUAACCGGAAAGUCUCCUUGUGAUGGUUACAAUCCUAACAAUCUCCAUGACAUGUUGAUGUUUGAUCAUCUAUGUACUUGCAAAAUUCCGACUGGAAUCUCAGAUGCGGCCAGGGAUUUCCCAAGAGUUGCCUCGCCAUGA